GGCCAAGGAGGCAGCUGCUUGCCUCAGGUGGGGAGUUCGCAGCUUUCUCACCUGGCGCUUGUGUCUGGCGGAAGCCAUUGUCCGCACUGACGGGCGCGAGGGGGCUGGUGUGCAGGAUUUAGAGGGAGACGUUUGGAGUAGACGGAAUUGUAGAAGGCAAAUGGAGCGCUGAAUACUGUCAAGAUGUGCACGUGGAAGUGGCGAAAUACGGGAUCUUAACAAAGUUGGCGCUUUGAAGCUCAAGCUUGCUACACAGGAGCCCCCGCUCUCGCGGCUUAAUGGCGGGCCGCACCCCGCCGGCAAAGCGCACGUUUGUAGUUCCUCCCUUACGCCGGCGUCUUAGCCAGUCCGUGACUCCGACUUCGCAAGCUUGGUAUUCAUUGGUUUUCACAUAAAAGCUCCGGGGUUACUGACGUUUCCACCUCUUCCCGGCCUCCCAAGUAGUUGGCGUUCGUGAGGACCAAUCAGGAGGAGGAUCUGCAGGAACGCCUGCCUCCUAUUUUGUUGGGCGGCCAAUCGAGCGGUAGAUUCACCUCCCCCUCUACCCAGAGUCACUGCUGCGGCCGCCGCCAUUUUAGCGUUUUGUCAGAAGCGUCCGCGCCGCGAGGGAGAGCGCUUGGUGGUUUCCGCGUGCGGGCUGUUGUCAGGAUGGUGAAGCUGUUCAUCGGAAACCUGCCCCGGGAGGCCACAGAGCAGGAGAUCCGCUCGCUCUUCGAGCAGUAUGGGAAGGUGCUGGAAUGUGACAUCAUUAAGAACUACGGCUUUGUGCACAUAGAGGACAAGACGGCGGCCGAGGAUGCCAUACGCAACCUGCACCACUACAAGCUGCACGGGGUGAACAUCAACGUGGAAGCCAGCAAAAAUAAGAGCAAAGCUUCAACCAAGUUACACGUGGGCAACAUCAGCCCCACUUGUACCAACCAAGAGCUUCGGGCCAAGUUUGAGGAGUAUGGUCCUGUCAUCGAAUGUGACAUCGUGAAGGAUUACGCCUUCGUACACAUGGAGCGGGCAGAGGAUGCAGUUGAGGCCAUCAGGGGCCUUGACAACACAGAGUUCCAAGGCAAACGAAUGCACGUGCAGUUGUCCACCAGCCGGCUUAGGACUGCGCCCGGGAUGGGAGACCAGAGCGGCUGCUAUCGGUGCGGGAAAGAGGGGCACUGGUCCAAAGAGUGUCCGAUAGAUCGUUCGGGCCGCGUGGCAGACUUUACCGAGCAGUAUAAUGAGCAGUACGGAGCAGUGCGUACGCCUUACGCCAUGAGCUAUGGGGAUUCGUUGUAUUACAACAACGCGUACGGAGCGCUCGAUGCCUACUACAAGCGCUGCCGCGCCGCCCGGUCCUAUGAGGCAGUGGCGGCUGCAGCUGCCUCCGCGUAUGAUUACGCAGAGCAGACCUUGUCUCAGCUGCCACAAGUCCAGAACACAGCCAUGACCAGUCACCUCUCCUCCACCUCUCUCAAUCCCUACGAUAGACACCUGUUGCCGACCUCAGGAGCUGCUGCUGCCUCAGCUGCUGCAGCAGCAGCAGCUGCCGCUGCUGUUACUGCAGCUUCCUCUUCAUAUUACGGGCGGGAUCGGAGCCCCCUGCGUCGCGCUACAGCCCCAGUCCCCACUGUUGGAGAGGGCUACGGUUACGGGCAUGAGAGCGCGUUGUCCCAAGCUUCGGCGGCCGCGCGGAAUUCCCUGUACGACAUGGCUCGGUAUGAGCGGGAGCAGUAUGCGGAUCGGGCGCGGUACUCAGCCUUUUAAAGCUUGAGGUGGGAUGUGUGUGGGCUGAAAUUCCGAGCUGCGGUUGUGCAUGAGAACACACCUAUCGUGGUACCCUGUCUCCGGGACGUUCUCGGCCUUGUGCGUUCAGUCCCUCAGGAACCGUGGACCUUAAUUUACUUGCUGAGUUCAGAUCUCCUCUGUCUUUCCUUUCCUCUCUCCUGCCCCUUUUCCUGUUCUUCAGUAUGUAGCUUUCCAUUCAUGUUCUGUUCUCCUGCAGGCCUCACUGUGUGCAGAAACUGGUGGGGGCUGUGCUGUCUCCUCCUUGCCUCCUCCUUCCAGGGGUGUUGGAUUUGGGAAAUAACCUUGGCGAGAGUGUCACUGCUUCUGGGUCUUUGUGGCCCAAAGGCUUGUGGCGGGUAGACGUAUAGAGUUGGAUCACUUUUUUCUUUCCAAUAAAAUAAAUGGUUUUUCAACUUGGGGUAUGUGUGUUUUGAGAGAAUUCUUGCUUCGUCUUAUUUCUGGGUCUUUAUUUGUACUUGGGAGAGAAGAAGAGGGUAUAAAUUUUAAGACAUUAGCUUUGGGUGAACACUGGUACAGUUAUUUUCAGGUGACACAGGAAAAGAGGUUAUAAACGGAAGAACCCAGGCAGGCAGCCUUACUCCAGCAAGACUUCCCACUGGUCUACUUUUGUUAUAAAACAAAUACUUACUAGUAGUUCAGACUGCUUACUGGUAGUGCAGAGAUAAAAGUCUCUCUGCUGGAGAAACAAUCAUUACCCACCCUUUGUGACUGCCAUUUCAGUCACCCACUCAGUUAACAGAUCUAGCCUGACUUAAUUCCAGGGAAGAGGCCUGCUUCCCAAAGUGGGCGAUCGUUCUUCUCAUGUCAUGUGGGAAAGUGAAGCUGUGGCUCCAGCAGAGCAUCCUGCUACUUCUCUAGGCCAGUAACACCUUUUGAUGACUUAUCGUCUAUUUGUAUAUCAAAUCCAUUGCCGUCGAGUCGAUUCCGACUCAUAGCGACCCGAUAGGACAGGGUAGAACUGCCCCAAAGAGUUUCCAAGGAGCUCCUGGUGGAUUUGAACUGCCAACCUUUUGGUUAGCAGCUGUAGCUCUUAACCACUACGCCACUGUGGUUCCUAUUUGUAUAAAAAAAUAGCUCUGCCAAAAUCCAGAGAAUACCUGAAUGGACCUCAGUACUUGCACUUACAGUGUUUAGGUGAUGGAAGACCCAUAGGUGAGCGUUAGGCUAGAUUAUUAAAUGAUAAGGAUGGGGACUGAAUGCAGGGAAGAACAACCACACUGUUUGUUUCUAGCAAAAUAGUGUUUGUCGUCCAGAUUUUUUUUUGUCUACUUCAGCUUACUCUUAACUUCAACAUACAGGGCUAUCUAUGUUCAGGUAGGACUUUUCCAGAAACAUUCACUCAACAAAUACUGAGUACUUAGCAUAUGUAGGCAUUAUGCUUUUAGGAAAGGGGUUUGGUGGGAGAUUUAAAAAAAAAAAAUCUUUAGUUGAGUAAUUUCUCAGAUUUUUGCAUUUGACUGAGCCUGCCUAAUUCAUAGAUGGAAAUAGCUUUAUAAUGGAUACAGCAUGUAACUCACUAUGUGAGGCCCUUCCCAAGUGUUCUAUGUGUUAACUGAUUUAAUCCUAGCAACCUUUUCACUCACAAUUUUUUGUCUUCUCUUCCCCCUCCCUCCCCAAAUACAAGUCAUUGCAGAACAUGUAAGUUGGUGAAAGGUCAGGAGUAAGAUGAGCGUUACAGGAAUUUAAGGGAUUCGGGGUGGGAAGAGCCAUUAGCUCUUCCAGAUGGAAAGUGGUCAGCAACAGAUGAUUUAUUUCUAGAGCAGGUCCUUGCCCUGCAUUUGUCUUCUUUUUUGCCUUCCUGGCUGGGCUGGUUCUCUUUGCCACUGCUGCUUCUCUUGGAGGGCUGUACCUACUUUGAUCCCUUAUUUCGGACCCAUCGUCGAUCUAUACUUUUACAUACCCCUUGGUCUGAUGGUGGAGCUGGCAACUUUCAAAGAGUGGAGACUAACAACAGUAUUCAUUAAGUUGUCAAACUUUUGAGUCUGGAGCUUGUAUUUUCGUGGGGCAGACAGAAAAGUACAUACUGUCAAGUAGAGAGUUCUGUUUAGAUGGAUAGUCAGUGAAGGUUUUUCUGUGGUGCUGACAUGUCUCAGUAGAUGGACCAAACCAAAAGCUCACCGUCAAGUCAGUUCCAACUCAGGGAUGUUGCAGGACAGCAGAACCGCCCCAAAGGGUUUCCAAAGCUCUAAUCUUCAUGGAAGCAGACUGCCACGUCUUUCUCCUGCAGAGUAGCGGGGGGCGGGGGGGAGGGUUUGAACCACUGACCUUUCCUGUUUGCAGUUGAGUGCCUAACCACUGCACCACCAGGGCGCCUCGUAGAUUAAAAAAAAAAAAAAGAUUGAACGGGGGUAGAAUAAUGUUAUUUUUACAUUAUAAAACAAGCUGGUUAAAAUUAAUUUUAUUAAAGGGAGUCCUUCCUUGUGUUUUAAAAGCCCAAUCUCCCUGUAACAGAGAUGCAGUUCUUCCCAUGGCUUCCAGAAACUAGGCUGGCUUAAUGCUACACUCACGAUGUAGCUCUUCGUAACUUUACUGAUUAUUGAAAGGAAAAAUACUUCAUUAAGAAAAAUAGUGAAUUCUAAAAAUGUUUCUUUAAGAGGUGAUUUGAAAGGUCUUAACUCCUCAAUAUUUAAAAUUUAAGUUUGUUGACGUUAGUACUACUUUUUAAGUUUUCCAAUCAGGUGUCAUCUCUGAGUUGAGUCCACACAGUCUGCUCUGUGUAACUGACAAGGUUCUGUUGCCAUGGUCUACCUCAGGCAUGGUACAGUAGCUUCUCAAGAGUCAGAAUAAUCCCUUUUGAUGCACAGCUUUUCCGUAGUCUUCCGCCAUUGGUCAUUCUGUUCAGUAAAGCGCAGUUAACAUUUAUAUGAGCAAACCGGUUUGCGGUUUGGUCAGGACUUGCUGAUUGCCUGCUAUGUUUAAGUCAGCCUGUGGAGAAUGCAAAGAUGAAUAAGGCACGGUGCCUGUAUUAGGUAGUGUUCUCCAGAGAAGCAACUAAGAGGAUAUAUAGAGAGAAGGAGACCUUUGAUAAGGAAUUCACUCACGUGACUGUGGGGUCAGGCAGGCUGGAAACUGAUAGGAUAUCUAUAUUACACUCCUAAGGUGGAAGCCUCAGUUUAUGCUCUUAAGGCCUUCAACUGAUUGCAUUAGGUCCACUUAGAAUUAAACGAUUAUAAAUGUUAAUCACGUUAACAAAGUCCAGCAACACCUAGACUAGCGUUUGACCAAACCCCUGGCCGCCGUAGCCUAGCCAAGUUGGCACAAAACUAGCCGUCACAGUGCCUGUCCUCACCUUGCCUUUACAAGGUGGUUUCUGUUGGCCUUGGGUGUGCAGAUAACUGGUGUAUCCCUGGAAGUCUGGAGGGGGUGGGAAUGGUCACUAUUCUGUAGUGAUUUUUGGCUCAGUCUGGCUCCAGGAGGGUCAGAGGACCUAUGAGGGCAGGGUUUUCAGGGUGAUCUUGGGGUUUGAUUUUGCUAUUAGACUGCGUGAAUUUGACUUAAAGUCUUCCAGGCAAUCCCCGAAAUUGAGGCUGACUUGGGUGAAUGCUGAAUUAAUCAGGCUCCUUACCCUAGAGUGACAUCAGGAGUAAACUGAACGAGGGGGCAGAGUACUGAGAGGCAGACCUUUUGGACUGUGGUGUUGAGUGCUGUUGUUGCAGACUCCUGGAGUCAAGUUUGCUCAGUACUCUGAGUGCUUAACAGUCUCAAGCAGAGGCAAAGGAGAUUCCUAGAACGAUGACCAUGAGAAGUCCCAGGACUUCUCUGCUGUCAGCUUGGAGAACAGUAGUCCAGGUUAAAGGAGGAGAAAGUCAAAUUCCAGGAGGCAAUGUCUCCAAGACAAAUACUGUGUGUCAAUAUGUGGAGAGCAUUUUCUGUUCAUUUGGAGAGUUACUGACAAAACCAAACCCGUCGCCAUCGAGUCAGUUUCGACUCAUAGCGACCCUCUGCGCAACAGAACGAGAACACUGACCUGUCCUGCGCCAUCCUUACAGUCGUUAUGCUUGAGCCAUUGUUGCAGCCGCUGUGUCAAUCCACCUCGUUGAGGGUCUUCCUCUUUUCCGCUGACCCUGUAUUUUGCCAAGCAUGAUGUCCUUCUCUGGGGACUGAUCCCUCCUGACAUGUCCAAAGUAUGUAAGAUGCAGUCUCGCCAUCCUUGCCUCUAAGGAGCAUUCUGGCCGCACCUCUUCCAAGGCAGAUUUGUUCGUUCUUUUGGCAGUCCAUGGUAUAUUCAAUAUUCUUUGCCAACAUCACAGUUCAAAGGCAUCAACUCUUCUUCGGUCUUCCUUAUUCAUUGUCUAGCUUUCACAUGCAUAGGCUGUGACUGAAGAUACCAUGGCUUGAGUCAGGCACACCUUAGUCUCAAGGGUGACAUGUUUGCUCUUCAACACUUUGAAGAGGUCCUUUGCAGCAGAUCUGCAUGAUGCAAUGCGUCUUUUGAUUUCUCGACUGCUGCUUCCAUGGCUGUUGAUUGUGGAUCCAAGUAAAAUGAAAUCCUUGACAACUUCAGUCCUUUCUCCGUUUAUCAUGAUGUUGCUCAUUGGUCCAGUUCUGAGGAUUUUUGUUUUCUUUAUGUUGAGGUGCAACCCAUACUGAAGGCUGUGGUCUUUGAUCUUCAUUAGUAAGUGCUUCAAGUUGUCUUCACUUGGAGCAAGCAAGGUUGUGUCAUCUGCAUAACGCAGGUUGUUAAUGAGUCUUCCUCCAAUCCUGAUGCCCUGUUCUUUUCCAUAUAGUCCAGCUUCUCGGAUUAUUUGUUCAGCAUACAGAUUAAAUAGGUAUGGUGAAAGAAUACAACCCAGACACACCUUUCCCAACUUUAAACCAAUUAGUAUCCCCUUGUUCUGUCCGAACAACUGCCUCUUGAUCUAUGUAAAGGUUCCUCGUGAGCACAAUUAAGUGUUCUGGAAUUCCCAUUCUUCCCAGUGUUAUCCAUAAUUUGUUAUGAUCCACACAGUCAAAUGCCUUUGCAUAGUCAAUAAAACACAGGUAAACAUCCUUCUGGUAUUCUCUGCUUUCAGCCAGGAUCCAUCUGACAUCAGCAAUGAUAUCCCUGGUUCCACGUCUUCUGAAACCAGCCUGAAUUUCUGGCAGUUCCCUGUCAGUGUACUGCUGCAGCCGUUUUUGAAUGAUCUUGAGCAAAAUUUUGCUUGUGUGUGAUAUUAAUGAUAUUGUUCUAUAAUUUCCACAUUUGGUUGGCUUACCUUUCUUGGGAAUAGGCAUAAAUAUGGAUCUCUUCCAGUCAGUUGGCCAGGAAGCUGUCUUCCAUAUUUCUUGGCAUAGACGAGUGAGCACCUCCAGCGCUGCCUCUGCUCGUUGAAACAUCUCAGUUGAUAUUCCAUCAAUUCCUGGAGCCUUGUUUUUCACCAAUACCUUCAGAGCAGCUUGGACUUCUUCCUUCAGUACCAUUGGUUCCUGGUCAUAUGCCACCUCUUGAAAUGGUUGAACAUCAACUGAUUCUUUUUGGUAUAAUGACUCUGUGUAUUCCUUCCAUCUUCUUUUGAUGCUUCCUGCAUCAUUUAAUAUUUUCCCCAUAGGAUCUUUCACUACUGCUGCUCGAGGCUUGAAUUUUUUCUUUAGUUCUUUCAGCUCGAGAAAUGCUGAGCGUGUUCUUCCCUUUUGGUUUUCCAUCUCCAGCUCUUUGCACAUGUCAUUAUAAUACUUCCCUUUGUCUUCUCAAGAUGCCCUUUGAAAUCUUCUGUUCAGUUCUUUUACUUCAUCAAUUCUUCCUUUUGCUUUAGCUGGUCGACCUUUGAGAGCAAGUUUCAGUCUCCUUUGACAUCCAUCUUGGUCUUUUCUUUCUUUUCCUGUCUUUUCAAUGACCUUUUGCUUUCUUCAUGUAUGGUGUUCUUGAUGUCAUUCCACAACUCAUCUGGUCUUUGGUCACUAGCGUUCAGUGCGUCAAAUCUGUUCUUCAGAUGGUCUGUAAAUUCAGGUGGGAUAUACUCAAGGUCAUAAUUUUGACUCUCGUGGACUUUCUCUGAUUUUUUUCAGUUUCAGCUUGAACUUGCAUAGGAGCAACUGAUGGUCUGUUCUACAGUCGGCCCCUGGCCUUGUUCUGACUCAUACUGAGCUUUUCCAUUGUCUCUUCCCACAGAUGUAGUCAGUUUGAUUCCUGUGUGUUCCAUCUGGUGAGGUCCAUGUGUAUAGUUGCCGUUUAUGUUGGUGAAAGAAGGUAUUUGCAAUAAAGAAGUCAUUGGUCUUGCAAAAUUCUGUCAUUCAAUCUUUGGCAUUGUUUCUGUCAAUAAGGCCAUGUUUUCCAAUUACUGACUUUAGUAAUGAACAAUAAAAGCUUUUCUGGAAAGCCAAAGCCACAGCCUGAGAGCUAAGAUGCCAAGACAAAUUUCCUACAGAGUGUCAGCAUGGUGCAGAUAUGAAAGAGGGAAGGCCCAGGGGAGCCAGGGAGCCAGGCUUUGAAUGUAUGCCUCAGGUAAGGACCAAAGAUUGAUGGAAUGAGAGCAGGUUUUGGGAUAUCAAAUAAGUAGUAUAUUUCAUCAAUUCUUAGACCCAGUGUUUUUCCCACAUUUUUUAACAUCUGAAAUUUGAAUGUCCCUGAUCGCCAUGCAGCUCUUCAUUUAGUUGGCGGUGUUUUAUUUCUAGUGGCACAAGGUAAUGGUGCACCUAAAAAUCAGUGAUGUUUUUUAGAAGGGAUAUGUUUGGCUACGUUCCUAGAGGUGGGAUGGAAUCUUACACUUUGCUGCCUGUCAAAUUGCCCUCAGAAAUUAAUCCAGUUUAUACUCCCACUAGCAAAGUAGUGAAAGGGUUCCCCUGCCCCCUCGCUGAUGCACUUGAUCUUUUCUAGCCUGAUAGAUUAAAAACAGUAUCUCAUAGUAGUUACAAUUAGCAGCUAUUUUUUUUUUUUAAUAAGUGAAGAUCAUUAUGUUUUUAAAAGCCAUUUGUAUUUCCUUUGUGUCUUUUCACAUUCUUUGCUUUUUAAAAAAACUGGGUGUUGGUCUAAUUAAGGAAGCUAGAGAACGUACGUAUUGUGCCAAUGGUCUUGAAGUCUAAUUUGAGGAAAAAGCCCAUGUCUAGUCAGAGGACAGCAGCCACAGUGGUCCUUUUAAAACGUGCAUCAGACGUCACAGCUCAGCUCCUACUCCUUCCCCUUUGCUCACUGCCUCAGCCAUGCUGCACACUGAUCUUUGAAGACUGUCAGGCUUUGGUAUUUGCACUAGCUGUCCCCCUAGAUAGCCCUAGUAAAGUCAUGUUUUCUCUAAACAGCAGAUUUGAGUUUUCCAGGUGAAAAGAAAGCUGAUGAAAAGUUUUCAGGACAAUAUGAGGGCAGGAAAAUGUUAACUGGUUGGCAAGAAGAGGGGGCAGAAAGGAGAAGAAGGUGAUAGAAGAGGCGCUGGUGGGGAGAGUCUUCUUCAUGCUGCCCCUGCAGACAUUGGCAGGGCUUUUCCAUUGCUGGAAAGGAACGCUCUGCAGUUUCACAUGAAACCCCCCUACUUCUUCCUUGCAUUUCCCCAGGACCAACAGUCUUAGGAAGACUGAGCCAAAGAAUUUAUUCCUUUUAAUUCCCUUUGCACACUGCCCAAGGCAGAUGCAAAGGCUGGAGUUCCCCCAGUGUUUUCUUGGGCCCUCGUCUCUCUCCACUCUCCUUCUAGGUCAGUAAUUCUCUCCCUGGGGUGAUUGCCCUCCUACCUCCCACCCUGGACACAUCACAGCAUCUGAAGAGAUUGUCACAACUGCAGAUGCGACCCUAGAGAACACAGUAGAACUGCUUCACAGGGUUUCCUAGGCUGUAAUCUUCACUGAAGCAGACUGCCACGUCUUUCCGCCGUGGAGCAGCUGGUCAAUCACAAGCAGAUCCCAGUGUCGUUACCUUAUCUUCCCUUCUGUGAAACGGGCAGUCCUGCCACCCUGCGGAAUGCUGAUGCCAACCUGGGCUUUGUGUACCUCACUAGUUGGGGUGUGUGCUUGGGCACGUGAACUUCUCUAGACUGUACUAUCCUACCCCCCAAAGGAGGAAAAACUCUUCUGCUAUCAGGAUUAUUUGGACUAUGAAAUGUGUGUGUGGCGGGGGAAACACUAUGUAACUGUUGGUAAGAUAUUACAUGCAGUCAGAAUUUACAUGCUAACGUUUCCAUAUAGGGUACAAUAAAGCUUAAAUAGGGUUAAGUCCAUCAGUGAACUCAUUUUACAGGGACCUAAGUGAUGACAGGAGCUCUGGUGGCGCAGUGGUUAAGAGCUCAGUCGCUGACUAAAAGGCUGACAGUUUGAAUCCGCCAGCCGCUCCUUGGAAACCCUAUGAGGCAGUUCUAAUCUGUCCUAUAGGGUCUCUGUGAGUUGGAAUCUACUUGACAGCAACGGGUUUUUGGGAAGCAAUGUCCACAACAGUCUUUUAAAACAGGACAGACACCCACUUAGAUUGUUAUCACUGCUAAUCAAUACCCUAUUUAUUUUUGGCUCAAAAUAUUAUGAUGUACACAUCUCUUUCUGAUAUAUCCCAACUACCCUAUUCUUGCUCGCAUAUUUGCAUGGGAAGAGAGACCUUUUUAAAUAGUUCAUAAUUAAGUUUCAGUGUACACUAUUAUGAAUUAAGCAGUCUUCAUUUUAGCAUGACAUCCCAAAGGUAGGUUUCUCUACUGGCUCAGAAAACUAUGAGUCAGCCGAACAGGUCUCUGGAGAUAUUCCGGUGUAACCUUUUCCUGACGCAGGCUUCUCCCUGUGGGGGCUUGCCCACUAAACUGUGCUUGCCAGCCUUCUAACUGGAAGCAGCAGCAGCUCUGGGUAUUCAGAGGAAGGCAGUCUGCCCACCAGCUGUAGCGUAUUUCUCAGUGGCCCAAGAUGUUGGCUAACUUCCCACUCACUGCUGAAGCCACAGUACUCUCCUCACUAAGUUCUCCUUCUACUCUAUCUGUUCACUUGAACUUUUUGUAGGCUGAGCACAAGUGGGAAGGAACCAGAAAA